AUGCCACCCUGCCACCUCUCCGCGCUCUUCACCUCACUAAGUCGCGAACCGCGCCGCUGGUCCUUAACCCGAAUCCUGCACAGCAACAAUCCCAUGGACAUACAAGGUGAAUUGCUCGGGACAGCCACGUUCAAGCCCCUAGGACAGGGUACGGGUACGCAUCGCGACAUGGUGUACGGGGAGGAGGGGGAGAUGCCGAAGACAGUGGGGAUGGGAAUGGCGGGGCUGCGCUGGUCCAAAAAGUAUAUCUGGCGGUUGAGUGAGGGCGGGAAGAUGAGUGUUUGGUUUGUGAAGGUUGGAGGGUCGAAAGUGAGUGAUGAGGAAGAGGCGGAUUAUCUAUUUCAUGAGUUCGAUUUUAAGAACGAGGGUGCGGGGAAGUCGGAUGCAGCGGCUGGGGAGGAUGUGUUUGUUACUGCGCCGGUGCCCCCUGCAGUAGCUGGCGAUACAGCUGUGCUGACUGCACGUGGGAAUCAUCUCUGCAUAAACGAUAUGUAUCGCACGGCAUAUGCAUUUCGAAUUCGUCCAGAGAGCGGGGAGGUGUUAAGCUGGUCUAGUCGACAUGUGGUCAAGGGGCCGAAAAAGGAUCAGGAUAUUGUGAACGUCUACGAGUCGAUUUGA